GCCGUUGCCGCCGCCAUGGCCGGUACCGGAGGUCGGUGGAUGCCGCUGGCGCUGUGUCUGGCUGUCACCGUGUCACCGGGACGCACCGGAGAGCAGCUUCACGUCUGCAAGGAGUCCGAGUACCACUACGAGUACACAGCAUGUGACAGCUCAGGAUCGCGCUGGAGGGUAGCUGUACCACACAUGCCUGGACUCUGCACCGGCCUGCCUGACCCUGUCAGGGGCACUGAAUGCUCGUUCUCCUGCAAGGCGGGUGAGUUCCUGGAGAUGCAGACACAGACGUGCCGGCCCUGUGCUGCGGGCACCUACUCGCUGGGCACUGGUGUCCGCUUUGAUGAGUGGGACGAGGUGCCCCAUGGCUUUGCCAACGUGGCCACCAACCUGGAGGUGGAUGAUGGCUUUGGCGAUGCAGCAGAGAACUGCACAGCGUCAACGUGGGUGCCACUGGGGGACUACGUGGCCUCCAACACAGAUGAGUGCACGGCCACCCUCAUGUAUGCUGUGAGCCUCAAGCAGUCGGGGACUGUCACCUUCGAAUACAUCUACCCUGACAGCAGCAUCGUCUUCGAAUUCUUCGUGCAGAACGACCAGUGCCAGCCCACGGUGGAGGAGUCCCGCUGGAUGCGGACAACAGAGAAGGGCUGGGAACUCCACAGCGUGGAGCUGAGCCGUGGGAACAACGUGCUGUACUGGCGGACCACCGCCUUCUCCGUCUGGUCCAAGGUGCCUAAACCGGUGCUGGUGAGGAACAUCGGCAUUACAGGGGUGGCCUUCACUUCCGAGUGCUUCCCCUGCAAGCCCGGCACCUUCGCCCCCACCGCCGGCUCAACCGCCUGCCAGCCCUGUCCCGCCAACACCUUCUCCAGCAAAGGGGCCACUGCCUGCCAGCCCUGCGACCCCAACACCUACGCCGAGCCCGGCUCGGGGUCCUGCAAGCCACGUCCCCCCUGCACGGAUAAGGAUUUCUUCUACACCCACACAGCCUGCAACGCCAGUGGGGAGACCCAGCUGAUGUACAAGUGGGCAGAGCCCAAGAUCUGCAGCGAGGAGCUGCCACAGGCGGUCCGGCUGCCAUCCUCUGGGGUCAAGACUCAGUGCCCCCCCUGCAACCCUGGCUUCGCCAAAGGCAACGGCAGCACCUGCCAGCCCUGUCCCUAUGGCUUCUAUUCCAACGGCUCCGCCUGCCUCAGUUGCCCAGUGGGCACUGAGCCGGCACUGGGCUUGGAGUACAAGUGGUGGAACGUGCUGCCCCCCAACAUGGAGACCACCGUGCUCAGCGGCAUCAACUUCGAGUACAAGGGCAUUCCAGGCUGGGAGGUAGCUGGGGACUACAUUUACACGGCAGCCGGAGCCUCUGACAGUGACUUCAUGAUCCUCACACUGGUGGUCCCUGGCUUCAGCCCUCCAAGCCCAGUGCUGGAGGACACAGAGAGCAGGGAGGUGGCCAGGAUCACCUUCGUUUUCGAGACACUGUGCAGCGUUGGCUGUGAGCUCUACUUCAUGGUGGGUGUCAACUCACGCACCAACACUCCGGUGGAGACAUGGACAGGCUCCACAGGGAAACAAUCCUACACCUACCUGGUGGAGAAGAAUGCAACCAUGAGCUUCACCUGGGCCUUCCAGCGCACCCCCUACCAUGAGGCGGGCCGGCGGUUCACCAGUGAUGUGGCCAAGCUGUACAGCAUCAACGUCACCAACGUGCAAGGGGGGGUGGCCUCCUUCUGCCGCCGCUGUGCCCCCCAGCCCACUGGGUCCUGUGCCCCGUGUUCCCCUGGCAGUGCUGUGGACCCCAGCUCGGGCACCUGCCAGCCCUGCCCACCUGGCACCUACCUGCGGGGUCACCCCUCCGACGGAACACCCACCUGCCACCCCUGUGGCCCUGGCACACACAGCAACCAGCUGCGAUCGCUAUGCUACAACAACUGCAGCCUGGCAUUGGCACUGCCAGGCCGGAUGCUGCACUUUGAGUUCCCAUCGCUGGGCCGGGGUGCCGUGGUGAGCACUAGGCCCAGCUUCACCCCCAAAGGGCUGCGCUACAGCCAUCACUUCCGCCUUAGCCUCUGUGGGCACCAGGGCAGGAAGAUGGCCUCAUGUGCUGACAAUGUGACAGCAGGUCGGGGGGGCCCUGCCCGUGUGGUCACCUCUUAUGUGUGCCAGGCCAUUAUGGUGCCCCCUGAUGUCACCGGUGCCCGCGCAGCUGUGUCUUCUCAGCCCAUCAGCCUGGGUGACCACUUGCUGGGUGUCACCACCAGCUCCGUGCUGGACAGCAUCGUGUCUCCCCCAGAACUCUUCCCCCCCAGCCACCCUGACCUGCCUGACAUCAUCUUCUUCUUCAGGUGCAGGUCCAACGACAUGACACAGCCCUGCAGUGAUGGCCGGGUCACCACCAUCCGCCUACGCUGUGACCCCCUGCGCCUCGGCACUGGCACUCUGGCUGUCCCCAGCAAAUGCCCCGAGGGCACCUGCGACGGCUGCACCUUCCAUUUCCUGUGGGUGACGGCCGAGGGAUGUCCCCGCUGCUCCAGCUCCCACCACCGUCCCAUCGUCGGCGCCUGUAUCGGCGGCGUUCAGAAAACCACCUACGUGUGGCGGGAGCCCCGGCUGUGCCACGGCGGGGACGCCCUGCCGCCGCAGGUGAUCCAGACGUGCCGGAGCGUGGAUUUUUGGCUAAAAGUGGGAAUUUCCACUGGGACGUGCACGGCCGUCUUGCUGGCCGCGCUCGCCGCUUAUUUCUGGAAAAAGACUCAAAAGUUGGAAUACAAAUACUCCAAGCUGGUGAUGGACGCGGCGGCCCGGGAGACCGACGCGACGUCGCCCGACAGCUGCGCCAUCAUGGAGGGGGAGGACGCGGAGGAUGAGCUGCUCUUUGCCACCGAAAUGUCACUUUUUGGAAAACUUAAAGCCCUGACGGCCAAGUUUCCCCACCACAGGAGAGCUCCGGGCCUCAAUUUCCCCACCCCACAGCGGAUGCCGGAUGGAUUCGACUCGGUCCCGCUCAAGACCUCAUCCAGCAGCACCGAUCGGGAGCUAUAAGAGGACGGGGGGCACCCUCGCAUCCCCCAGCCCUCCCGGGAGCUGUGACGGGCCAGAGGGGCACCCACGGACACCCUGUCCCCGGGCAGCUGGGAAGGGAAGGGGGGGGUACCCACGGCCCAUCCCCCCACGCCCCCCAACGUGGCCUUAGGGACCUGCUUCGGACCGGAGCCUCGUUACGGCUUUUGUACGUGUGUCUCCCCUGUGCCCCCCACCGUGUCCUCCCCAUCCCAAGCACCCAAAAAUGCCAAAUACAGGAGCGGGGUUUGUAUAA